CAGAGGUGAACCAGGAGGGGCCAGAGUCGGGCCAGUGAACACAACACCACUGGUCUUCCAUUCAGGCAGACGGGGACAGCACACCAGUCCUCCCACGGACAGGGGGCAGCACCACCGGUCCUCCCACAGACAGGGGGCAGCACCACCGGUCCUCCCACUGACCGGGGGGGUAGCACCGCCGGUCCUCCAGCAGACAGAGCGCGGCACCACCAGCCCUCCUGAAGACAGGGAGCGGCAGCACCGGUCCUCCUGAAGACAGGGAGCGGCAGCACCGGUCUUCCGGCAGUCAGGAGGCCAUACCGGCGGUCCUCUAGCCCUGAGGCGAUAUCGUGCCGUUUCCCCUCCAUUCCGGUGGGGGGCAGUGUCUGCUUGUCUUCGUCACUUCCUUCGGUUGCUUGCGGAGACGGUGAACGGGUUGAGGCGGGGGGCUGAUUCCUCGUCUGCUGUGUCGAUUACAUCGAUUAACGUGCGGAAAAUCGUACCUGUGAUCACCGACUAUUAGUGCUGGGGACGCGAAACGGCUUCUUCUGGUUUAUGUCCGUGGCGUAACGAAGGGAGAAUGGCGGCGGCCCCGAAUACUUUGGAGACUGAGGAACAGGCAAAGCUGCGUUUCCAGGUGGAGCUGGAGUUUGUUCAGUGUCUGGCAAACCCAAACUACCUGAACUUCCUGGCGCAGCGAGGCUACUUCAGAGACCGCACGUUCGUCAAUUACUUCAAGUACCUUCUGUACUGGAAAGAACCGGAGUACGCCAAGUACCUGAAAUACCCCCAGUGCCUGCACAUGCUGGAGCUGCUGCAGUACGAGCACUUCCGCAAGGAGCUGGUGAACGCGCAGUGUGCCAAGUUCAUCGACGAGCAGCAGCUUCUCCACUGGCAGCACUACUCCCGCAAGCGGGUCAGGCUGCAGCAGGCCCUGGCAGAGCAACAGCAGCAGAACAACGCGUCUGGCAAGUGAGGGUGCCGGAGAGCGUCAGGGGAGGCCAGAGUGAAGGCUGCCGCAGCAAACUUCAACAUAGGCGUUCUCCUGGCACACCUGGGGCAGGAAAGGACCCCUCCCUUGGAGAUUUGUUUUAUGAACAGUUCAGAGGUGAAGCGAUUGAGUGAGGACAAUGUGCCCCAAUCUGCAGCUCUGCACUCUUCAACAUCAGCUCGAUUCACUGCUGAGAGUUUCUGUCAGUGGGACAGAACACAACUCUCUGGACGUUAUCCAGUUGAAAACCCAGAAAUAUUAGCCAUUUGUAGAAGGAACUAGCGCAAUAUACAGUAAGACCAUGUUACUAGAUUUCAGUGUGUUUUGAAGGUCUACACCCAGCCAAAACUUUAACCUUCCUGUCCAAUCCAGCAGUCCUGGUGUACAGUACCGGUGGGGACAGGUCUGUCAAUGUAUAACACCGGGGUACGGUACCGGUGGGGACGGGUCUGUCACUGUACAACACCGGGGUACGGUACCGGUGGGGACGGGUCUGUCACUGUACAACACCGGGGUACGGUACCGGUGGGGAUGGGUCUGUCACUGUACAACACCGGGGUGCGGUACCGGUGGUGAUGGGUCUCACUGUAUAACACCGGGGUACGGUACCGGUGGGGACGGGUCUGUCACUGUACAACACCGGGGUGCGGUACCAGUGGUGAUGGGUCUCACUGUAUAACACCGGGGUACGUUACCGGUGGGGACGGGUCUGUCACUGUAUAACACCGGAGUACGGUACCGGUGGAGACGGGUCUGUCACUGUGUAACACCGGGGUACGGUACCGGUGGGGAUGGGUCAGUCACUGUGUAACACUGGAGUACGGUACCGGUGGAGACGGGUCUGUCACUGUGUAACACCGGGGUACGGUACUGGUGGGGACGGGUUUGUCACUGUGUAACACCGGGGUACGGUACCGGUGGGGAUGGGUCAGUCACUGUGUAACACCGGAGUACGGUACCGGUGGAGACGGGUCUGUCACUGUGUAACACCGGGGUACGGUACUGGUGGGGACGGGUUUGUCACUGUAUAACACCGGGGUACGGUACCGGUGGGGAUGGGUCAGUCACUGUGUAACACUGGAGUACGGUACCGGUGGGGACGGGUCUGUCACUGUGUAACACCGGGGUACGGUACUGGUGGGGACGGGUUUGUCACUGUGUAACACCGGGGUACGGUACCGGUGGGGAUGGGUCAGUCACUGUGUAACACCGGAGUACGGUACCGGUGGAGACGGGUCUGUCACUGUGUAACACCGGGGUACGGUACUGGUGGGGACGGGUUUGUCACUGUGUAACACCGGGGUACGGUACCGGUGGGGAUGGGUCAGUCACUGUGUAACACUGGAGUACGGUACCGGUGGGGACGGGUCAGACACUGUAACACCAGGUACUGGGACUGGUGCAGACGGGUCCGUCACUGUAUAACUCUGGGGUACGGUACCGGUGCGGACGGGUCCGUCACUGUAUAACUCUGGGGUACGGUACCGGUGCGGACGGGUCCGUCACUGUAUAACGCCAGGGUACGGUACCGGUGGGGACGGGUCCGUCACUGUGUAACACCGGGGUACGGUACCGGUGGGGACAGGUCUGUCACUGUAUAACACCAGGGUACGGUACCAGUGGGGACGGGUCUGUCACUGUAUAACGCCGGGGUACGGUACCGGUGGGGACGGGUCAGUCACUGUAACACCAGGUACUGGGACUGGUGCGGACGGGUCUGUCACUGUGUAACACCGGGGUACAGUACUGGUGGGGACGGGUUUGUCACUGUGUAACACUGGAGUAUGGUACCGGUGGGGAUGGGUCUGUCACUGUAUAACACUGGGGUACGGUACUGGUGGGGACGGGUCUGUCACUGUGUAACGCCGGGGUACGGUACCGGUGGGGACGGGUCUGUCACUGUAUCACACCGGGGUACGGUACCGGUGGGGACGGGUCAGACACAGUAACACCAGGUACUGGGACUGGUGCAGACGGGUCCGUCACUGUAUAACACCGGGGUACGGUACCGGUGUGGACGGGUCCGUCACUGUAUAACACCGGGGUACGGUACCGGUGGGGACGGGUCUGUCACUGUACAACACCGGGGUACGGUACCGGUGGGGAUGGGUCUGUCACUGUACAACACCGGGGUGCGGUACCGGUGGUGAUGGGUCUCACUGUAUAACACCGGGGUACGGUACCGGUGGGGACGGGUCUGUCACUGUACAACACCGGGGUGCGGUACCAGUGGUGAUGGGUCUCACUGUAUAACACCGGGGUACGUUACCGGUGGGGACGGGUCUGUCACUGUAUAACACCGGAGUACGGUACCGGUGGAGACGGGUCUGUCACUGUGUAACACCGGGGUACGGUACCGGUGGGGAUGGGUCAGUCACUGUGUAACACUGGAGUACGGUACCGGUGGAGACGGGUCUGUCACUGUGUAACACCGGGGUACGGUACUGGUGGGGACGGGUUUGUCACUGUGUAACACCGGGGUACGGUACCGGUGGGGAUGGGUCAGUCACUGUGUAACACCGGAGUACGGUACCGGUGGAGACGGGUCUGUCACUGUGUAACACCGGGGUACGGUACUGGUGGGGACGGGUUUGUCACUGUAUAACACCGGGGUACGGUACCGGUGGGGAUGGGUCAGUCACUGUGUAACACUGGAGUACGGUACCGGUGGGGACGGGUCUGUCACUGUGUAACACCGGGGUACGGUACUGGUGGGGACGGGUUUGUCACUGUGUAACACCGGGGUACGGUACCGGUGGGGAUGGGUCAGUCACUGUGUAACACCGGAGUACGGUACCGGUGGAGACGGGUCUGUCACUGUGUAACACCGGGGUACGGUACUGGUGGGGACGGGUUUGUCACUGUGUAACACCGGGGUACGGUACCGGUGGGGAUGGGUCAGUCACUGUGUAACACUGGAGUACGGUACCGGUGGGGACGGGUCAGACACUGUAACACCAGGUACUGGGACUGGUGCAGACGGGUCCGUCACUGUAUAACUCUGGGGUACGGUACCGGUGCGGACGGGUCCGUCACUGUAUAACUCUGGGGUACGGUACCGGUGCGGACGGGUCCGUCACUGUAUAACGCCAGGGUACGGUACCGGUGGGGACGGGUCCGUCACUGUGUAACACCGGGGUACGGUACCGGUGGGGACAGGUCUGUCACUGUAUAACACCAGGGUACGGUACCAGUGGGGACGGGUCUGUCACUGUAUAACGCCGGGGUACGGUACCGGUGGGGACGGGUCAGUCACUGUAACACCAGGUACUGGGACUGGUGCGGACGGGUCUGUCACUGUGUAACACCGGGGUACAGUACUGGUGGGGACGGGUUUGUCACUGUGUAACACUGGAGUAUGGUACCGGUGGGGAUGGGUCUGUCACUGUAUAACACUGGGGUACGGUACUGGUGGGGACGGGUCUGUCACUGUGUAACGCCGGGGUACGGUACCGGUGGGGACGGGUCUGUCACUGUAUCACACCGGGGUACGGUACCGGUGGGGACGGGUCAGACACAGUAACACCAGGUACUGGGACUGGUGCAGACGGGUCCGUCACUGUAUAACACCGGGGUACGGUACCGGUGUGGACGGGUCCGUCACUGUAUAACACCGGGGUACGGUACCGGUGGGGACGGGUCUGUCACUGUAUCACACCGGGGUACGGUACCGGUGGGGACGGGUCAGACACAGUAACACCAGGUACUGGGACUGGUGCAGACGGGUCCGUCACUGUAUAACACCGGGGUAUGGUACCGGUGUGGACGGGUCCGUCACUGUAUAACUCUGGGGUACGGUACCGGUGCGGACGGAUCCGUCACUGUAUAACUCCGGGGUACGGUACCGGUGGGGACGGGUCUGUCACUGUAUAACGCCAGGGUAUGGUACCAGUGGGGUCGGGUCUGUCACUGUAUAACGCCAGGGUAUGGUACCAGUGGGGACGGGUCUGUCACUGUAUAACGCCAGGGUAUGGUACCAGUGGGGACGGGUCUGUCACUGUAUAACUCCGGGGUACGGUACCGGUGGGGACGGGUCCGUCACUGUAUAACUCCGGGGUACGGUACCGGUGGGGUCGGGUCUGUCACUGUAUAACUCCGGGGUACGGUACCGGUGGGGACGGGUCUGUCACUGUAUAACUCCGGGGUACGGGACUGGUGGGGACGGGUCUGUCACUGUGUAACUCCGGGGUACGGUACCGGUGGGGACGGGUCUGUCACUGUAACACCAGGUACUGGGACUGGUGCGGACGGGUCUGUCACUGUAUGACGCCAGGGUAUGGUACCAGUGGGGACGGGUAUGUCACUGUGUAACUCCGGGGUACGGUACCGGUGGGGACGGGUCUGUCACUGUAACACCAGGUACUGGGACUGCAGUAAAGUGCCUCUGGAAUCUCGCUGCACUGGUGUGUUGCCGGGAUUGCAGCAUUGGCCCUCAUUUUUUGUAACCUUGGUCUUUGCAGUCCCUGCAGACAUUGAAAGCUCUUACUUUGUUGUGUAAACAAGUGAGUAGGCGUGUUUGAAAGGGCAAUUUCAAGCAGGGUUAAACUUUCACAGUGACAAGGGUUCAUUAAUAGGUGAUCAAUUACAGCAGGGGUGGGAAUUUAUGGAAACAAGACUGCUGAGGCUGGAAUCUACUGGGGGAUCUCUGUAAGUCAAGCAGCCUCUGUGGAUGGAGGUGGGAGAUCUUGUUGGUGUUUUUGGUCAAAACUCUGCAUCUAAACCAACAUCAUUUCCAGUUCUAGACCUGCCACAGCCAAAAUGCUGGGGGAAAGUGAAUGGCCACCUUAUGAAGAUAAUAUUGUAAAGUUUAGCUUUUAUUAGUCACAUGCAUACUGAACCACACAGUGAAAUGUGUCAACAACCAACACAUUCUGAGGGUGUGCUGGGAACAGCCCGCAAAUGUCACCACGCUUCUGGUGCUAACGUAGCAUGUCCAUAACUUACUGAUUUUAAACUCUACACUUUUGGACUGUGGGAGGAAACCAGAGCACCUGGAGGAAAUCCACGUGGUCAUGGAGAGAAUGUGCAAACUGUUACAGACACUGGCAGGAAUUAAACCGGGAUCGCUGGUGAUGGGUGCGUUACAUUAACUGCACAUUUAUACAGGCACCUUUAAUAUAACCCUACAGAACAUUAUGGGACAUAGCAAAUUUUGAUGAAAGCGUGUGGGUUUUAAACUAGUGGAGGUGUUGAGAGGGUGUGGAACAGGAUGUGGGAAUGCUGGAUCUUGGCAGUUGAGACUCUGCCCAUCUGUGGUGGAAUGAUAAAAUCUGUUGAACUUUACUGACCAGGUACGGAACUGAUUGUGGUGCAGGAGUGAGAAUCAAAACUCAUAUCUUCCAGAUUUCCUUUGGAGGCCAUUUGUCUUAUCAAGCCUGUACUAGCUUGGACCAAUUCCACCAGUUAAAUGACCCCCCCCCCCCCCCCCCGGUUUCCCUCUUCAUUGUGAUCAGCAGUAACCAUGAAUGUGAAGAAGUGGGUCAGGCAGCAGCUGUAGAGAGAGAAAUGGAUUAUCAGAGCAAACAGAAUUGGUGUUUGAAAUAACGAACGAUUUGUUAAAAGCUGGUGUGGCCCAGGAGACCUGUGAAAGCUGACCUCAAUGGAUGAGUUUACCAGUAACAUUUUGCUACAGGGGGGUUUAAGUAACAAACUAGGUCCUGAUUAUAGAAUAAAACAGGUCUGAUAGCAAAUCCAAUUUUCUAUUACAACAAUGGGUGCACAAUAUAAUUAGUGAACUUGCUGAAACUUGGGUGUUGUUGCUUUUGCAUUCCAGAUUUCUGCUUUUAUCUGUUAUCAUCACAUUAAAACAAUCCACAUCACUAUCUAUUAGUUAUUAGCCUUUGCUAUUCUUCCCCCUACAACAGCAAUGACAUUGGAACGAUGCACGAACUGGAAAGGCUGGGCAUCUGACAUUCUGGAAUCCGGGACUCAAAGCUGCACCGUGUCUGACAGGUGCAGGGCUGUUCGUGGAACAGGCAUUGGGUACUUUU